AUGACUGCACCCGAGCUUGAGACCUACCCCGUCGGCAGCCGCAAAGAAUCCGAGCGCAUGGUCCGGGAUUGGGGAUUUAGCCAUGUCUUCACCUGGACAGAUGGGAGCAAUGCGCACUACCCGCCUCAUUCGCACUCUGGGUUGACGACCCAUCUGAUCCGCCAAGGGAGUCUGACCAUCACGUACCCGGAGGAUAAUGCUGCGAUCCAUGGAGGAGAGGUCAAGAAGGAGACGUGCGGCGUGGGCGCGAGGUUAGAUGUGCCGGCGGGAAAAGUACAUGAGGUGUGGAUUGGACCAGAGGGAUGUGAGUAUGUUAUUGGAGAAUGA